AUGGCCGGGGGAGGCGCUGGCGAGCGGAAGAUCCGUGUUGGCAUCCUCGGCGCUGGCAUCGCCGGUACCAGUCUCGCCAUCGGACUGCUCCAGAACCCGUGUCUCGACGUCCGCGUCUUCGAGUCGUACCCCGGCAUUGGGGUGCGCGGGUCGGGUCUCGCGCUGCACGGCAACGCCAUCCGCGCCAUGGACACCAUCUCCCCCCUCAUCAAGGCCGCCUACUUCCGCAAGUCGCACUACAUGGCCGGCGAGGAGUCCGUCGAGAUGGCGACGCAGUUCAUCCUCGGCGCGGGCCCGGACGCCGGCACGCUGGUCGCGGAGCUCGGCCGCGCACGGGGUCGCAGAACCGUCCAUCGCGCGCACUUCAUCGAGGGUUUGCUGGAGGACACGCCGGGGUUGAAGGCGCGCGUGGGGUUUGGGAUGAGGGCUGUGGAGAUUUCGCAGAAUCAGGAUCAGGACGGAGGGGGAGAGGGAGAGGGAGAGGUGCAGGUGAAAUUCGCUGACGGCACCACCGCUGCUUUUGAUGUCGUCCUCGGCGCCGAGGGCGUCAAGAGUCUCAGCCGGCGUUAUGUGCUUGGGCCCGGGCACCCGGCUGUGGAACCGGUGAAUCACGAUAGUUGGCGCGCUAUCUAUCGGCACGUGCCGAUGGCCGAGGCGGCGGCGGCGCUGCCGCGGGCUUCUAUUGAGCGUGUAAGGUGCUUUUGCACGCCGUUGGGGUAUGUGAACGGCAUCCCGGUCGAUCUGGGGAGGACUUAUACCGUGGGCUGCUAUUUGCGCGAUGAUAAGAGGACGGCUGCUGGCGGCUGGGGGUUGGGGGAGGCGUUUGAUAAGGACGAGUGGAGCGAGUUUUCGGAGGAUACUAGGGCGUUGGUUGAGCUGCUAGCAAAGAACCCCAGCGAAGACUGGAAGAUCCAAGACCACGAUCCAGCACCGACAUACGUGCGCGGCGGCGUAGCCAUGCUCGGCGACGCCGCCCACGCCACCGCACCACACGCCGGCAACGGCGCCGCGCAGGCCCUCGAAGACGCCGCGGUGCUCACCGGGAUCUUCGCGCUCGUGACGUCCGCAUCGCAGAUCGAGGCCGCGCUCGGCGCGUACGAUGCCGUGCGCAGACCGCGGAGCCAGGAGGUCGUCCAGAUCACGAGACGCUUUGGGAGGCUGUAUACGAGGGAUGUGGAGGAUAUCGAUGUGGAGGAUAUGCGGAGGCAGAUGCGCGAGGGGGGUGCGUUUACUAAUGGCGUGGAUAUGGAGGCGCAGGUUAGGGAUGGGGUUGAGGCGUUUUUGGGGCGGUUGGGCGGUGGAGUUGGGAAAUAA